AUGUUAUUUAAAGGGCAACCAAUUCCACCAUUUAGUUCAUUAAUAACUUCAAGAAUAUGCUCAUUUAGUGAAUUUCCAAUUCCUGAAGAUUUUCCUUUAUUUUUACGUCCAAGUGAUGUUAUUGUUUAUUUAAAGAGAUAUGUGAAGAAAUUUUGUUUGUCAAAAUAUCUUAGGUUGAGAACUGAAGUUAAGCAAAUUAAAAGAUCAAAUGAAUGGAAAUUAAAUGGUCAAUGGUUAAUUACUUGGGUAGAUUUUAAAACAAAUAAAAUAUUUGAAGAAGAAUUUGAUGCUGUACUUAUUUGUACUGGAAUGCAUCCUAAAAGUUGGCGACCACCUGAAUGGAGACUUGAAAAACAAUUUAAAGGACAAAUAAUACAUUCUGAUAGAAUUGGUGAUUUAAAUAAAUUUUAUAAUAAAAAUGUUUGUGUGGUUGGAUUUGGAUAUUCUGCUGUAGAAAUAGCAACAGCUCUUGCACCUGUAGCCAAACAAGUUUUAUUGUCAGCCCGUCGUGGUGGUUGGCUUUUAAACAAAUUCUGUAAAGAAGGAAAAUCUUUUUGUGAUCAUUUUAAUACUCGUUGGAAUUCAUUAAUUCGACAAUUUAUUCCCAAAUUUUUGAGAAGUAAAUUUGUACAAAAUACGACCAAUUCAUUAUCUUUGCUUCCUGUUCAUCCAAUAAAAGGGGCUGGUUAUUGCCCUGUUCAUAAUUUAUUUAGUACUCAAUUAGGGUUUGGUACAGAAUUGUCUUUACAUUUUGCAACAGGAAAUGUCAGAAUUAAACCAGAUAUUUGGUCUUUAUCUGAUGGAAAUGAAAUUGAAUUUGUUGAUGGAACUAUAGAAAAAGAAAUUGAUUAUAUUAUUCUUUGUACUGGAUAUGAAUUUAAUUUUGAAUUUGUUGAAAAUGGAAAAUUAAUAGCUACACAUCACAAUGACUUUCAUUUGCCAAUUGCUGGUUCUAAAUGGCCAAUUGCUGAAUUACAAUCUCGUCUAUUUUUUGAAGUAUUUAGUGGAAAUGUUAAACUUCCUUCCCCAUUUUGUAUGAAAGAUGAAUUAGAAAAAAGGCGUUGUAAUAUUUCUGUUAAUUAUAUAAAGACCCGAAGACAUACACAAAUUGAAGAUCAUGUUCAAUUUUGUUUAGAACUUGCAGAAAUGAUUGGCGUUGCUACACCUCCCUUUUAUAAACUUGCUUUUUCUGAUUUUCAUUUAGCUGUUGCUAUUUGGUUUUAUCCUUUAUUUCCUGCACAAUUUCGUAUUUGUGGACCUUUUUCUAAUAAAAGAGAGGCAAAAUUAAUUAUUUUGAAUGAAAUGAAGAAAGAAUUUAAUAAUCAUUGGAAUUGUAGAUUUGAACAAAAUAUUUUUUAA